CUUGACUUGCUUGAUCGGUUGCUAUGCUUCAUUCCAACACGCCGAAUAACCGUUGAAAAAGCACUUGAGCAUCCUUACCUUGGCCAAUAUUAUGAUCCAACGGAUGAGCCUGUAGCCUCACAUCCCUUUUCUCACGAGUCAGAUGAUCUACCGAAGGAAAUGCUUAAACAAUUAAUCUGGGAAGAAAUACAACACUAUCAUUCACAAGUCGUCGCAUUUCGAAUGGAUUUCUUUUACAUUUUGGCCAUAAGGCCGACUUUCUGUGUUGGUUGUGCUUAUCCGUUCCCUAGACAAGUGACCACUAGGCCUAAAAAGUUCUUCGAGCAGGCUUCACUUACUGAAAACUUCUUCGCUCGAUUUCAGACAUUUCUCCACUACCUUCCUCCUCGCAAUUCCCGUUCUGACUAUCGAUAG